GUUCACAUUCUUAAAUUCUCUCUUCCUCGCUCGUUCACUCUCUCUAUUCAGAAACCCAGAAACCAAACGUAAGCAAUCGAAGCUAAGAUGCAGAUCUUCGUCAAGACCCUCACUGGUAAGACCAUCACUCUCGAGGUCGAGAGCAGCGACACCAUCGACAACGUGAAAGCCAAGAUUCAGGACAAGGAAGGCAUUCCUCCUGAUCAGCAGAGAUUAAUUUUUGCUGGGAAACAAUUGGAAGAUGGAAGAACCCUUGCUGAUUACAACAUCCAGAAGGAGUCAACUCUUCAUCUGGUUUUGAGGCUUAGGGGAGGAACUAUGAUCAAAGUGAAGACCCUUACUGGGAAAGAAAUUGAAAUUGAUAUUGAACCAACCGAUACCAUUGAUCGAAUCAAAGAACGUGUUGAGGAGAAGGAAGGAAUCCCUCCAGUUCAACAAAGGCUUAUUUAUGCUGGUAAGCAGCUUGCAGAUGACAAGACGGCUCGUGACUACAAUAUUGAGGGUGGCUCUGUCCUUCAUCUUGUGCUUGCCCUGAGGGGUGGUAAUAUCUAGAAAUUGCUUAUAUUAUCAGGAAAUUCUACUUGUUGAGGUUGUGGCGAAUGAGUACUUAAUGGACAUAUUUGUUGGGUUGUGAUGUGUGGAUAAACACAAGAAUAUUAUGGAGAACAUGUUCUGAUCAACUUUUCUGCUCAUGAAAUUGUGCAUUUUCCUUUAA